AUGGAGCUCAAAGUAUGGGUAGAUGGAGUCCAGAGAAUUGUCUGCGGGGUCACCGAAGUCACAACGUGCCAGGAAGUUGUGAUAGCCCUUGCUCAGGCUAUUGGUCGCACCGGCAGGUACACGCUGAUCGAGAAAUGGCGGGACACGGGGCGGCCCCUGGCGCCGCACGAAAACCCCAUCGUGUCGCUGAACAAGUGGGGACGGCACGCCAGCGACGUGCAGCUCAUCCUGCACCGCACCGGGCCUGCCCGGAGCGAGCGGCCCACUUCGGACAGCGUGGCUCACAUCCUCGAGAGGACUCUGCACCGGCAAAGCUUGCCUCCCCUGGCCAGGCUGAGGCCUCCCGGUGACAAAUCCAUGAAGAGGAGGGAGCCGAAAAGGAGAUCCCUCAGCUUCUCCGGGGGGGCCAAAUGGUUAAGGGACAUCUUCAGGAAAAGCAAAGAAUCCGAGUGCAAGCAAAAGGUGCGCAACAACUGUAAAACAACGGCGGAUGAGCUGAAGAAAUUGAUCCACCUCCAGACGGAGAAACUUCAGUGCAUUGAGAAACAGCUGGAGUCCAACGAGGCUGAGAUCCGCUACUGGGAACGAAAGUGUAACUCCAGCCUGGAAGAAGAGAUCCUCAAGCUAGAGCAGAAGAUCAAAAGGAACCAAGUGGAGAUUGAAGAGGAAGAGUUCUGGGAAAACGAGCUGCAGAUGGAACAGGAGAAGGAAAAACAGCUGAAGGAGCAGCUGCAGGAGAUGAGGCAGAGGAUCUUGGAGUGGGAGAGCAAGCUGAAGGACUGUCUGUCUCAGAUCCACAACGUGGAGAGCCGCCUUGAAGCAGAGAAGUUGCAGCGGGAAGUUCAAGAGUCCCAAGUGAAUGAAGAAGAGGUCAAGGAAAAGAUCGAGAAGGUGAAGGCUGAAAUAGAUAUUCAGGGCCAGCAGAGUCUGAGACUGGAAAAUGGCGUUAAAGCUGUGGAAAGGUCUUUGGGCCAAGCUACCAAACGGUUACAGGACAGGGAACGAGAACUGGAGCAACUGACAAAGGAGUUGCAACAGGUCAAUCUCCACCAGUUGGUCCAUCAAACAGGAGCGAAGGUGACGGUGCUGCCAGCAGAGCCCGUGGAGGUGGAGGCCCCGCACGUGGAGCUGGAGAGGGAGCCAACGUUUCAGUCUGGGUCACUGAAGCGCCCUGGUUCAUCGAGGCAACUCCCCAGGAACCUGCGGAUCCUACAGAACCCCCUGUCGUCUGGUUUUGACCCAGAACGCGUUUAUGUGUGA